UGAGCGUCCGUUUGAAUCCGCGCACAGGGGCUUGGUCGCUAGCGAUGGAAGGGUCCAGCGAGCCGCAGCUGGAUGCCAAAUCCGGGGUCACCAACCAGCUCGUGGAUUUGCAGUGGAAGCUGGGCAUGGCCGUGAGCUCGGACAGUUGCAGGUCUCUCAAGUAUCCAUACGUUGCAGUGAUGCUGAAAGUAGUCGACCGUUCGGGCCAAGUGGAGAACAAGUCUUUUGAGAUGACAAUUCCACAGUUUCAGAAUUUCUACAAACAGUUCAAGGAAAUUGCUGCCGUUGUUGAGACUGUCUGAGCCCGGAUUGCUUGCUGGCAGGCGGCUGACAUCGCCCUAACAUCACAGACUUCGUUUUCAGCAGCAAAAUUGCACAAGGAGCGAAUGAUGUAUACUGAACAGAAGUUGCACUUUUGUUUUUUAUUAUUUUUAGAAAACUA